AUGAACCCCUUGCGCCUCUCCUCCAGUUGCACGCGCCCAUUGACCCGAAAUCUCUCGUCAUGUCUCCGUGGCGCUCCCCCCCGCAUUCAGCCUUACCACCGAUCCGCGGGCGUGGCAUUGCGAUGGUAUCCAUUCCGGCGGCCCACUCUAGGCACUACCAUUACAACUAUACCGAAAUACACUACAUCCAUCAACACGUCCCAGUCCCGAUCUGUCCACAAUAUCAAUGCCACGGAGACGUCCGGGUCAAGUCUCACACAUGAGAAACGCGAGAAUGCCACACAGGCAGAGCAGCUAUACGAGCUCUCGCUCGGACUCUCCCGUACCCCAGCAAACGGCAACGUCGAGAUGCAAACGACCAUCUACAACGCCGAAGGAACGUCUACGACACCUACGCAACUCAAGCUCACGAAACUGGACAUCGCGCAGCAGUAUGGUCUCAGCGCGCGCGAUCUCCGCGCCAUGGACCUCCCGACGGACGGGUUCCCGCAUAUCUUGAUCCGCGAGUCGACGAUGCUGAUUCAUCUGUUUAAUCUGCGAUUGCUGGUGCAGGCUGAUCGGAUGCUUUUGUUUCAUGUUGAUGGACAGGGACAGGGUCAAACUCAAGGGAAAGGGCCAUCAUCGAUAGAUAACACGACGCGCGUAUUCACACACGACCUUACCGGUAAACUGCGCGGAGAUCGCGGGCUCGGGGUAUCGACGCGACUGCCGUACGAGCUACGGGUGCUAGAGGCGGCGUUGGCGGCGACGACGUCGACGCUGGAGGCAGAGUAUGUGCUUGCGAAGGAGCGGGCGGUGCAGGCGCUACGGACGCUGGAUGUACAGAUGCAGGACAAGGAGGAAAGCGUGAUCCACUCUGAUCUGCGGGAGCUGUUGGAUCUGGUACGGCGGCUAGCAGGCAUCGAGCAGCGGGCCAGACAUGUGCGCAGUGCGGUGCAGGAGGUGCUGAACGAGGACGAGGAUAUGGCGGCGAUGCACCUGACAGAUAAGAAGGCGGGGAUGCCGCAUCGGAUGGAGGAUCAUCAGGAUGUGGAGUACCUGCUGGAAGCGUACUAUAAGGCGAGUGAUCGGGUGGUGCAGGAGACGGGGAGUCUGAUGCGGAAUAUCCAGCAGACGGAGCAGACCAUUCAGUCGAUUCUGGACGUGCGGAGGAACCAGAUCAUGGUGCUCGAGGCGAAGGUCGAGAUCUGCAUGCUGGGGCUUGCGGCUGCGACCCUAGUGGCGGGUCUGUAUGGCAUGAACGUGCCGAAUUACUGGGAGGAGAUGAGCUGGGCGUUUGGACUGCUCGUCUCGGUCUGCCUGCUGGGCACGGUUGGGAUCUCGCGAUAUGGUAUGCGCCAGCUGCGGCGGGUUCAGAGGGUUCAUUUAUAG